UUACAGUUGUUUCAGUUGGACUACAGUUCCCAGCACGCCGUGCGGCUCCUCACAUGUGGCGGAGAGCUGCAGGCAGCAGCACCAUGGCUGUGUUUAUGGACUUAAACCUGGGCUUCACGACAGAUAAGAGCCGACUACAGAGUCUGAUAGAGACCGCAGCUCACCUUGGUUUCUCUACAGUCGCCAUAAACUACAUGUUUGAACCAACGGCUAAAAAGAAACAGGACAUCCCCUCCCCAACACCCAUCAAUGAUCUGAUCGAUCAACUGCCAGUCGUACAGGGUCGGUCCCGUCCAAUCAGAGUGCUGAACAGACUGACUAUCGUGAUGUCAGACUCCAGUCACUUUAGGUCCAGCGCUGCAGAGUAUCGCCGUUUCGACCUGCUGGCCGUCCAGCCGACCACAGAGAAACUCUUUCACGCAGCCUGUAUGACCUAUGAUGUUGACAUCAUCUGUAUCCCGGUGACAGAAAAGCUUCCCUUCUUCUUCAAGAGAGCACCAGUCAAUGGAGCUGUAGACAGAGGUCUGGUAUUUGAGAUUUCCUACUCAGCAGCCAUCAGAGACUCCACCAUGAGGCGCUACACCAUCGCUAAUGCUAACACUUUGAUGGACACUUGUAAAGGGAAGAACGUGAUCCUGUCCAGUGCAGCCCAGAGGCCUCUGGAGCUCAGAGGUCCCUAUGACAUCACCAACCUGUAUCCUUCUGCUGCCCUCGGGCCCCUUCACGCUAUUCUGAUCUUACUGAAGCUGUUUAGUUCUGACGGAGAUGCAAAAGAAGCCGUUUCCUCCACCUGUCGAUCAGCUGUUCUUCACGCAGAAACCAGGAAGACGGCCUCUGGGAUCAUCCACACAGUGCAGAGCUGCAGUGACUCGUCCCUCCAACAGGAGGCUCCACCUGCUGCUGCAGAGUGUGAAGCUCCUGCUGCCAAGAAAGCCAAAGCUCACCUGACUGACUGACUGACUGACUGACAGCCGGGGGGGGCUUCUGGACACACUGAUUUCUGUUAAUAAUUAACUUUUUAUUUCCUUGUUAAACUCCAUCAGCAGGAUGUGAUUUGUUUGAUUUCAGUGUUUUUGUUGUUGAGGCUGAAUAAAGUUUUUGAAAAAUCAAA